AUUGUUCCAUACUUCCAUAGCAAGCCGUGUCGCCAAUCGUCAUGGGCCAUGCCGCCAUGGCAUUUUUAAGCACUUUUUGAGACAUUACUACAUUAGUAUUUACUAUUUAGUAUAUUUUACUUAUAGUAGUUUUAACUUUGGUGUUUAGUGUAUCACCGGUGUACCUAAAUGGCUAUUUACUGAUUAGUUAAUUGGUAAAUACUUUUAAGCAUUCAUAAUUCAUGCRCAAUUGACCAGUGAAGUGUAAGUUAGGUUGAUAAGGACCUCGGACCUUCUCCAGGGUACAACCUACCAGGCUAUAAUUUACAUUACUUUCACAGUAAAAUGUUUAAUUCAUACUUUUAAUCUAACAGAGUUAUUUGCAUUACUUAAUUGAGUUUCUACACCGCUGGGCCGCUGGGGUUGUGGUGUACAUCAAUGUGACCCUUAUCGCAUUCUUACAAAUCACAAUCGUUGAAUCAUAUUUUAUUCGGCCAUUCAAAUUGAAGUAGUUUGCAAAUAUUCAUCUAAGAUGAGUCGUGGAGGGAAAUCGAAAAAUGCAUACCUGCCUGGAGAUUUGGUGGCAUUGGGUUCUAAAAAUAGUCGUGCCGAACMAAAUCCACAAGAGAAACGUGGAAGUAAUAUUUUAUUACAUAGAAAACUAAUGGAAUCAACUUUAUCUGAUAGAAAACGAACUGGACCUCCCAUGUCUUCAAUACCUAGUAAAAAGCCUAAACAUGCAGGCUCUAGUCAUAGUUCAUUUGCUUGGGAACAGAUGUGUAUUGAAGUUGAUUCCAUUGACUUGAUUGAAUCAUUAAGUUAUUCUAUUCAAAAUCAAGAAAAUCUAAAAGCUAUCGGAUUACUUUUUGGUGCUUUUAAAACCAUGCAUACACAGCGAUUAAAACCAGAUUUAUUUUGGAGUUUAUUAAUUGCUGCUCGCCAAUUUCCUACAUUGUUUCAUAAUGAAGAAAUUAUAAAUGCUUUGUGCUCCAUUCUUACAUGUCAUUCAGUUGCUUCAACCAAACAGCGACAAUAUAACAUAAUAGCUGCAGUUACUUCUGUUAAUUUAUUAGUAUUAUCACACGAUAAAUUAUCAAUUUGGCCAGAAGCAUUUGUCAAGGUUUUUGUAGAAGACUCGAUGGGUGAACGUUUGUGGGUAGAUAAUGAAGAAUGCCGAUAUUUUGUUGAAAACAUAAGAGUUAGCCUCAAUACACGUCCUUCGCCUUUUAUUCCUUUGGAUUUUUUGGAUACAAUGAGUUCAACAGAAACAGCAAUAUUUUCACCAGAAACUUAUGAAGUUUCUGUUGUGCCAAGAUAUGGAGCAAAUCAAUCAGUAAUUGAAAAUAUUAUUUUAGACGUUGCCAAAGAAUAUUUAAUUAGAAGACAAUCAACUGAGGGAAUAUCCAGAAAUUUAUUAAAAUUAUUAUCAGUUGCUGCUGGAAUUUUAGAGAUUCGAGUUAUGGUUGCUGGUAAAUUGGAAGUUUGGUUACAAAAUGCCAAACUCGUCCGGCCAGCCCAAGAAUUACUUUUAGCUGUCUGUGUUAACUGUACUUCACGUACUCAAAGAGACUUUGAUGUUAUUUCAACUAUUGUUAAAAUGAGAUUAAAAACAAAAGCAAUGGGUAACUUUUACGUAUCAUGUAUCAAAGAGCUAAUUUCAAUAAAUUCAUCUAAUUUGCCAGUUGGCUUAAAAUUACUAUUAAAUGAAACUGAUGAUAAAAUGAUUGAUGUUGAUAAAGUAAUUGAAUCAAAAACUGAUGUUUCGUGGUUAUUAACAAGUCUACCACAACUUCCAAAUUUUCCCGCUUUUAAGUCUCAAAUUGUUAUAGCUCUGAGACAAGCUUGUCAAGUAGAAAAUGAUCCACACUUAAUAACUGCAUACUUAACAUUUUUGGCUGAUCGGACAASUGAUGUGGACAAGGUGGAUAGUUUAACUAAUGAGCAGCUUACUGACAUGGUGCUUGACAUGGCUCAAUUAAUUGUUGAACGGAGUACAGUUAUGGCUGCAGUCCUACCUAUAUCAACAGAUACAGUUGCCGUGUUCAAUAUUGCUCUAAAUUCUUUAGUCAACAUAUUUUACACUUUUUUUUGCAGGGCUAGAGAACCUUGUCGUCAAAAUCAUCCUUGGUCAGAAAAUCAAGAUCAAAUUCUUGUGACAUGGCCAGGUGGUCAAGAAUGCACUUUACACAUUCUGGUUGUACAUGCUAUGAUUAUACUGUUGACUUAUGGCCCUCAGUGUAUUCAUGAUUCAUUGAAAUUUGAUAAUUUGUUAGAAGCUUGGUUUCCAACAGAUAGAAAACAAAUGCCUAAAGCUUAUUUGGUUGAUACAUCAGAAGAAGCAUUACUCAUACCUGAUUGGCUUAAGCUGCGUAUGAUUAGGUCUAGGGUUCCUAGGCUAGUAGAAGAAGCAUUGACCGAUCUUGAACCGCCUCAAUUAAUAUUAUUUAUUCAGUCAUUUGGGAUACCAGUUGCAUCAAUGAGCAAACUAUUGGACAUAUUGGACAAAGCUGUGUGUCUUGAUCCAGAAGCCAUUAAAGCUGCUGUCAUGGAUAAGGCUUAUAUGGUUCAACUUGUUCAAGUACAGCAGAGACGCGGAGCACAGGGAGGUCAAAUAUUCUCAUCUGUAUUAACUGUAAAUGAAGAAUUAACAAUGAUGGAAGUAGAAGAAAAAGUACAAUUAUYUGAUAGAUUGAACUUACAAAUAAAAGACAAACCAAUUAGUUUAUUUGAUAAGCAUAAGAAUAUAAAUGUUGAUUUAAUCAUUAAAAAUCUUUUUACUUCUAAGAUGGAGGGUGAAGAAUUUUUAUCUUUUUUACAAUCUUUAUCUCAAGAUGCAAAAUCAUUAGCUCAAAAGUUUAUGAUAGCYAUGUUAAAAAAUAUGCUGAAAAGUAAAGGKUUUGUGCGUUCUGUCGUAGCUAAUGAAAAUAUAACUUGCCAUUUACUUAAASUGUUGAUGACGAAAUGUGGCUACAACAAAAUAUUGAUGUCUAUUAUUAAAUUGAUGUUAGUUCAAUUGAAUUUAAAGAAAAAACAAAAUAACUUGCGCACAAUUGUAUUAAAUUAUAAAAACAAAUAUGUGGAGAAAAAUAAAAAGACAUCUCAAAAGAAGAAAAAAACAAAAGAAUCAGAAUUGAUGGAAGUUGAUAAUUUAAUUAAAGAACAAAAACGUUCGCUUUUUGUAGAUCUACCAAAAGAAAUCGAACUAAAAAUAUCUGAUUUAACAAUUGAUCAACAGGUUAAUAUGUUGUUUUCAAAGACAACUAGUGAGAAAUGGAAUUCUGUAAGAAAAUGCAGACCAUACUUAUUAACUUUACUUAAUCACCACAUGAAUUGGUCAUCGUUGGAAUGUGUUUUAGAUAUUUUGUUACAGCUAAACAAUGUUGAAAAGUUGUUACUAAUUUAUUCAUGUUUCAUUUUUAAUAAUAAUAUUAAAAUUAACGAUUAUAGAAAUAUUAACAAUACAUUUUUCCUUCUAUUUUCUAUUGUAUACCUNACUGCAUUGUUAUUGUACAUGAUAGAAGAAUGCAAAGUAAAACACGAAGAUCCAAAUAUAACUUGGACAGAAUUAUCUGCGUUCAUGCUAACUAAGUUAUCAGUGAUAUUGAAAAACUGUUUGGCUAAAAAUGACUGUGUCCAAAUCUUCCACAAUAUUUAUAUAAAAUAUAUUAAUAAUACGAACAUUGCAGUAUUUAAACAGAUUUUAAGUCUCGUGUACACAAAUGAUCCAAACAUCAUAAGUAAAUUACAAUAUUAUGAUAUGGAUAGUUUCUUGGAUCCAAUUAUUAUAAAAGAAAGUGAAGGAUGUGCUUUGGAUUCAAUUUCACACACUGUUGUAUCAUCAAUUGUGUCUACUAAAAUUAAAAGAGACAAAGAAUUGAAUAAAAAAAUUUAUGACUAUGAAAUACUAGCCAAGCGGUUAUGUACAACUCAUCCACUCUUAUUUUUAAGGGUAUUUGAGCUAUUAUCAGCCCCAUUACGUAGAUGUUGUUACCUCGAGUUUAGAGCAAUGAAAUCUGGUCAUCUAUUAUUACUUAAUAAUAUUCUUGAUUUAUUAGAAAGUUUAGAGCCAACAGUGUAUUUGCCAUUUUACACAGACGCUCUUCAUAAACUUUUGGGAAUUUUCCUGACCAUCAUCAGUAAUAAUUUAAAUGUGAGCGCUGCAAGAAAAGAAUUUAAUACACUUUUAUCAAAAUUUGGUAACCGGGUGCACAGCUAUAUCGCUGCAAAUUCACAAGAUGCUAUGGUGUUUAUUAAAUCGAAUAUCAUGUGGUUUGGCAAUGUUAUUGAGAGGUACAAAACUAUUGGAAAUCUGAAUUUACUAAUUAGUCAAAACGACCAAGUGAUUGUCUUACAACCACCAAAUGAAACAUCAAAUGAUUUACCAUACGAUCAUUUCUUUAGUUGUUUUAAAGACUCUGAUUCUGCAACCAAUUUAUUAUCCGACAUGGAACGUUCUGCCUAUCGUAGUAAUCGAGCUUUGGAGCCAUUUUUAAAUAAAGUCACCUCAUUAAUCAGGAAUCCUAGUUCACAUUUACGUUUACCAUCUCUUGGACUACUAUUACAUUAUUUACAGUUUAAUAAUAGUAACUUGUCUACAAACUCUGUGUUGGUACCAGCAAUACUAAGUGCACUGUUGUCCGAUGAUGAUGAAGUUUCUAGCACAAUAAGGAACCAUAUUGAUUCAUUAUCAAUGUCUAGAGAAAUGGCAUUGUCUCUGUUGCUGGAAACAUUCAAAGUUGGCAUAUACAAAAGUUUAAACACAACCCCAAUGAUUACAAAAACAAUUUCUACAAUGAAUCUUCAGUCUGGAUAUUAAAUCUGUGUUAAGAAAUGUGUAUUAUAUUAUCAUUCGAUUUAAURUGUUUUUAAGUUUUAAUUUAYUAAGUAAUCAGAAAAUAUGUAUCUYAUUAUAUAUAAUAAAACAGUAACAUGGCUAUUAAUUUUAUAAUUAAUAUUUCAAAUGGACRAAAGUUAAAGACAACAAAAAUAAUUCAAAAUGAUAAUACAAUUACAUUAAAGGAAGAGAUCRGUAAGAUUUUAUUCAUGUUAAGGUAUUUAAGUAUCAAACAUUUUUAAACUCAAUCAAGAAUUUUAAAUUUUAAUAUCUGUAUAACUAUAUACACUGAAGCUUAUCAAUGUAUAAUUUUUUUUUUUUGCUGUGACAAUGUUAUAUAAUAAUGGUAAU